AUGUCUGACAACGAGAGCAACAGCGACGUCGAGGAGGUGAAAGACGUUUCACCGCCUGUCACCAACCGUCAGAUGAGCGCAGAUGAGAUGCAGCGACUUGCUGAGGAACGCACCAAGAUAAGAGCACAACUGCGAGCCUUUUCGCAGGCCAAUCAACCCGCUCCCCAGGAGGCGAUACCGCAGGCCGUUGACGAGGACGGCGUGCCGCUGGACAUGAAAAAGGGCAUGGAAUACCUGCAGGAGCCGCUAGAAGAGUACAAGGAGGUGGAAUUGGCAGAAAAGCUGCUUAAGAAGAAACGCGAGGAGGACGAAGGAAUCCGAGGCGAAAGCGACGGCGAAGACUUUGAGGACCUGCUAGACAUGUUUGGAAUCGACGCUGAGGAAAUCUCGAUAAAUAUGAACUUGAACCAGCGACAACAAUUACUGCUGGAGAAUAUGGACGCCGAGCAGAUCAAUCGAUAUGAAUAUUUCCGAAGAACCAACCUGAACACAGGAGGUAUUAAAAAACUGGUCAACAUGGCGAUUGGCUACAAUGUGGGAACGGAUUUUGCGAAAAUUCUCGCCGGUGUCGGGAAAGUGUUUGUUGGAGAGGUUGUUGAGAAGGCAAAAGAAGUGCAGAAACGGCAGAACAGCGCCCGUGUCGAGGAACAGCUGGAGUACAAGCGCAAAUUGAAACGAUACGAGAACGAACUGGCAGAGCUCGAUAACGAGACCAAGAGACGCAAACUAAACAAGGAAAGCACUGACGACUUGCCUGAGCUGACCGACAUCCCUCGUCCUGACGGCCCGGCUGCCACGUUCAGUAGCUACCGGGUCAAGGUUCCGGACGACAGAGACCAGCUCACGCCCGACCACAUCCGUGAAGCAUGGCGUCUGUUGAUAGAAGAGAAUCACACCAUUUUGCAACCUCGGUGGAGGAAGCAGGGUGGGGGAGAUGGGUGGUUAUUUCGCUAG